CUGAUCUCUUGGUUUUAUCUCCUGCUCAAAUCAAAGCAUGAUGUACUUCUGUCUUCGACUCUUCAUCACUGGUGAUCCAACUAACUCUUCCAAGUUCAAGCCUACUCGGCCAUGGCAGCGAGGAUCUCUCGAAGGAAAGAACCUUUCUUCUCUCCUCCACUGCUUUCUCGCAUCUACAACCUGUGUCCCUAUUUGAAGAGAUUGAAACAUACUUGUUCGAAGGAAGGCGAGGUUGUUCGUCUUCAAGACAUCACCUGGCGCUCAAUUGCUAGAGAAAGAUCAUAUGACCCGGCCACUUGGAAGACUCUAGACUCGAGUAGUGCUGGUAUCGUGAACUCAGAUAUUUCCUCUCCAACAUGGACAGUUCUAAAGAUUCUUCAGCGUAAAGGAUUUGAUGCCUAUCUGGUUGGUGGAUGUGUGAGAGACUUAUUAUUGAAGAGAAAGCCAAAGGAUUUUGAUAUAGUUACCACUGCUAGUCUUAAACAGAUAAAAAAAAAUUUUCAUCAUUCCAGAGUUGUGGGGCGUCGUUUCCAAAUAUGUCAUGUUCAAAUUAGGGACUGCACAGUUGAGGUUUCGAGCUUUAACACCACUGGCAGGCAUGUGAAAGAAAGGGAAACUACUCAUUCUUCUCAAAUUCCAACCAAUUGUAAUGAGAAAGACUUCAUUCGCUGGAAAAAUUGUAUGGAGCGAGAUUUCACAAUAAAUGGCUUAUUCUAUGAUCCCUUCAAUAGGGUCAUUUAUGAUUAUAUUGAUGGAAUAAAGGAUUUAAAAACAUGUAAGAUGCACACUGUUAUUCCUGCCCAUUUAUCAUUCACAGAAGAUUCCGCAAGAAUAUUACGUGGUCUUAGGAUUGCUGCUCGCCUAGGAUUGCGGUUCUCAUGUGAGAUCACAGCUGCUAUUCAUGAACUCUCCUCUUCCAUUAUGACUCUUCCAAAGUCAAGGCUGCUAAUGGAAUUAAAUUUCAUGCUUGCAUAUGGAGCAGCUGAGCCUUCAAUUCUUUUGCUUCAGGAAUUUAAGCUUCUUGAAAUUUUACUUCCCUUUCAUGCAGCGUAUCUUGCAAAUCAAACAAAAAGUCAACCUACCCGAAGUUCUAUCAUGCUUAUGGAUAUAUUCUCAAAUCUGGAUAAAGUACUUUCUGCUGACCGCCCAUCUGAUUCCACCUUGUGGUGAGAAAACAUUAACUAUUCCAA